ACCUUCCGGCUCCCGGGGCAGCGCCAGUUACUAUCACAAUCACAAGUCCCACAUCACAAGACAAACUUCAAGCCAUCGGGCAUCAAGUUACUUUCAAAUGGACUUAUUCAUCCAAUUUCGGAGUUAUGCCAAAAUAUUUGAAUAUAUGUGCUGUACCUGAAAGUUGGGCGAAUACUAAUCAAAAUUACACAAUAGUUAAUCUUUGGAAUCCAAUUAACACUACGUACGUAUGGGAUACGAGUAAAUAUACUAACCCUCAGUUAAUUGAGGGUAAGUAUACCCUUUAUAUUUACGAUGAGAGAGGUCCACAAAAUACUGGUGGUCCUGGAAGGUUACAAGCCUCAACAACCUUUAGCUUUAGCAUGUACUCACCUGGAACCAAUAUUCCUAUAUCAGAAUUCCACUGCACGGAAUGCUCUAUUGCUUCAAAAUCGUUACCACCAUUUAUUAUAGCGACAGUGAUAUCAAUUAUAUCCAGUAUCACUCUUGUAGUAUCACACUUUUAUUCUCGAAUAGACUAA